AUGGAUACACUCACCACGAGGCUCUCGACUCAAUACCGCAGGCUUCUCGAUACCAUCAACGCCCGCCCACGUCAGGCAGCCUCUGCAGCCACAGCCGUAGCGCUGACCGUCUCUCUCGCCUGGGUCCUCAAUGACUUCUACGCCUGGAAAACCUUCGGCACAGGAGGCACACCCCCCACAUGGGCGGGAUACUGGCGCAUGACCAAGAUCCGGAUCAAUCGCAUGCUCUUGUUCGGCAAGGACGAUCUCUCGGACUCUUCACCACUCUCAUCGGCCGGACCUAAGUAUCUUGAUACUCUUCCAAUCCGCGAAGGACCCAAACCAUCAAUCAUGUCCCGGACAAUGCCUCAGCGUCAAGUUCCCUACAAACGCGACGUGGUCGAGCCGGGUUUGGAAGAGCGCGUGAAAUCCAUGAUGGCCACCUUUGCCGCGAAACACCCCUCAAUACUUGAUCUACGGCCCAGCAAGACCGAGGGGGGAAGCACGGAUGCCAUUUAUGCGAAACCCGCACUGGAGACGCUCAACGACCGAGCGAGAAACAACAAGAUGCUCGGCACGGAGAUCGCGCACGCUCAUCCGUCGGAUGGGAGCCUGCACGUGUGGUUGUCCGAGGCCGACGCAAAGACCGUGGUCGACAAGGGAUGGGGCAUGAGAUUUCCCCUGAAGUUCAUUGAUAAGGGCUGGGCGAUGGUGUAUGCACCGCGAACAAUGGCCGAGGCGGAUGUCGUGGAGAAGAUCGUGAAGGCAGGAAUUGCUUGGAUCGCUGGUGUUGAGGUCUAG